AUGCUGGGCCUCGUUAAACGCGUUCGUUAUGCAUUGGUCAUAGAGUACGCACUGCCGCUCAUAUAUGGCGCCGGGUCACUGCACAAUGCCGCGCAGACGUCCAUGAAAAUGGACUGGAGUCUCGCCAAGGAUCUUAAACACUUCGACGUGUUGGUGCAAUGCGAUGAGCUCCACGUGGUGCCGUUUGGAGCCGUCAACACAACGCUGCCUACGACGCUGCUAGGACCAUUCAGUUCGAUUGACAUGCGCAGCACGUCCCUGCGUCCCCGACAUCCCUCCAUGAGUUAUUUUCUACCGCAAAUCUGCCGCCAUUCCCAUAUCGUAUUCAACAAUGUCCAUCCAAUGGGUACCGUGUCCAUUGGCGCGGCUAGGGCACGUCCAACACUUCGGUAUUAUGAUUGCCACAGUGGACGCAAGCUGGGUGCUUCAGCGCGCCAGAGAUGCCCUCCAUGGGUCACUGAGUUUGAUGGCUGCAAUGGUGACUAAAACCAUAGGACCACGAUGCCCAGUAGUGCAGCAGCGCGGUGAGAUGCCAGAGUGAAACGCGAUCGCUCGGUUGAUGCACACUGUUCUCGAUCUGGCCCAGUCGUUCAGGCCACCACAAAUCAUGACCUCCCUGGCCACGCCAGCGCAGGUGGACAUCUCGGCCUUGGAUGUGUAUCCCUCCUUCAAUUCCGACUCGACG